AUGACGGUAACAGUUUUAACUGAUGAUAUUUCUGGUGAGACGUGCGCGUUGCAAGUUUUCACAAGAGCCUUGUCAAGAGUUGUUGUCUCUGCCUCUUUUUUUCACAUGGUUUUGAUCAGCGUGGAGCGGUACCUGGCCAUGAAACAUUCUUUUGCGCACUUUACCCUCGCAACUGAAACUCGUCUACUUGUUGCCUCUGCCUUGGCGUGGCUACUUUCAAUAAUUCUUCACAUCAAUUUUGCCGCGAACGAAUCUGUAUUUAUGCCCAUUAAUAAUACAUUCUAUUGUCUAUGCCUUGCCUUUAUAAUCUUCUGCCAUGUUACGGUUUACCGAGAAAUCUGCCGACACGAAAAGCAAAUUGCAGCUCAGCAAGUGACCGUGGAAGCAAGGGAACAAUUUCAAAAAGAUAAAAAGGCUUUCAAAGUGACAUUUAUCAUCAUUGUAGUACUGAUGUUGUGUUAUUUUCCGAUACCAAUCUUUAGUGCUAUCUUAGACAGGUUUAGAAGUAAAAUUUCUUUAGAAGUGCUGUAUAUAUGCUUUUUUUUGACGACACUGAUGGUGCUCUUGAACUCUUUUUUCAAUCCUAUUAUUUACUCAUUUAGACUAAGAGAAUUUCGGGUAGCGUUCAUUGGGUUAAUUUUUAAAACUACGAACAUUGCUGAGGCUGAACAGAGAGAGAUGAAGAUAUUUGGAACACCAAACGCUGUGGUCAGAAUUGAGGUAGGACAAGAAAACGAAGGACAAGCUCGACAAAACGAGAAACAAUAA